AUGCUUAUUUUAAAACUCAAUGAAUAUAUUUGUUGGCUAAUAGUUGAAAGGUCUUUAGAAGAUUGUUCUUAUAGAACAAUAGCAAGACAACUUAAUAUUAGUAAAACCUCUAUUUCUAGAAUUUUUUUACAUUUUAAAAAAUAUGGAUGUGUUGAAAAAAGAUUACCAUCAUUAGGACGAUCUAGAAUACUUGGAGUUGAUGAUAUAAA